AUAUUGAAAAUAUCCUUAAAAAAAUACAAACUUCAACAUAACCUCAAUAUCCUGUUAAAUUUCUGUUGGUUUAACAUUUUGUUUAAUCAUCUUUUUAGUCAUUAUUAUCACUAAAAACAAUAAUUGUUCACAUAAAGCGUAAACAAUGGAGGGAGAGCAAACAAAAACUGGAAAUGUACCAAAAAUAGUGGAGCCUCCAAUAACUGUACCGAAUCCAAGAAAUAUUCAGGCUUCAGUCGCUCAAGUGACAGUUACUUCUGUACCUGGACAAUCAAAAUAUGUACAACUACUCAAUGUUCUUGAAGAACUUGGAAGAGAUAUUCGCCCUACAUAUGCUGGAAGUAGGAGUUCAGCAGAACGCAUCAAACGUGGGAUCGUUCAUGCAAGAAUUCUAGUCAGAGAAUGUCUCGUAGAGACUGAAAGAAGUGCUCGUCAAUAAUUACCAUUUGAAGACUUAAGUUAUAAUCGAUUGAUUGAUUCUAAAAAAGAUGUCAAAUUAACAUUUAACUGAUUAGUCAACGAUGAUCAUGAAUCAUAUGAACUCGAUAAAAAUUUUAAAGAUUGAUUUCCUCAGAGUCAAUCGAUUUAUUAUUUUACAGUUUUAAAUAAAAAAACUAUUCCAGGUGCCAAAGUUGAAUGAAUGAUGAAAAAAGUUAUAUGUAUUGUUUAAUUUUUUUUUUUGGAAAUGGAAUUAGUUUUGUAUGCAUAAUAGUUUGAUUGAGAUUAGUGGUAUUGAAUAAUAUUUUUACUGGAGAUCUGAAUAUUCUAGUGAUUUUUAAGUAAUUGAAUUUUUGAAUGAUUUCUUUUUUGUGUGUUUGCUUUAUUUAAAGUACAUUUGAUCUCAUUUUUAACGAACUUUGUGUACGAAAAGAGAUCGAGUUUCGCCAAAUAACGACUUAAUAUUUUUAUAUAUGUCAUUAAUGAUAAGACAUAAUUGAAAAUAAGUUAGACUAAGAUUUUUAAUCAGCGAUAAUUUAUUUUAAUUUAUACUAAAUAAGAAAAUGCCUUAAACAUUUUACUAAUUAUUAUUAUCAGCAUAAAUAGUACAAAUAAUGUUUAUAAUUACCGAUAACUUUUUAUCUUCGUCUACAGAAACUAACAUUAGAGAAUAAUGAGAAUAGAAAAUCAUGGCGAUGUUCAUAAUCUAUUUUACUAUCAAUAUUACGAUAAUAUUUUCUAACAAUAAUUCAUCAUUUUAUCAUUGCCAAAAAUAAUAAUUAAAAAUAUUUUUAUGUAAUAAUUACCUCGUUAACACGAAAAAAAAAUAUACUCUAUUGUUCCUACGUGUUUAAGCACAUUAAGCUCAGGAUUACUUUGUAGCCCUCAUAGCAGUAUUGUGAAUAAUAUCUUAUGAGAUUAAUUGAUCGAAUGGUUUUAUAUUAUAAUAAUUGAAUAAUUGAUGAAUGAAUUGAAGAAUUAAAAUGUAAUUAUGAAAUUAGAAGUAAAUUGUGAAAUAUCAAAGAACUACCAUGACCAAAUAGUAAUAAUAUCGAUGAAUCGAAACACAGUUAUGUGUUUGUUAUGACCAAAAAUAAUAAUAUCUGUAUCAUUUCAAUUGCCUGUUCCAAUGUGCCGUUAAAAUAUACUAUUGCUCAUAAUUUAAAUAAUGAUAAAGUUAAAUAUAUUCAAUGUACC